AAUAUUUCUUUUUUUAAAGUUGGAUGGAGCUGCUACACGACAACCUAUUAGCCAAGUACCACAGAAUUCAUUAGUGUUACUAAGACAUCAUAUCUAUUUCCACCAAAUUUUUGAUGUAACUACAAAGAGUACAAUCAAUUGCAUCAGCUGGUUCACCAUGGCAACUGUAAAUACACACGUAUAUACCAAUCAGAACAUAGAAUAACACACUAAACUCAUUAGACAUACAUUGUGUUAUGGUGUGAUAACAAAAAGCAGCUAAAUGUUUGUUGUUGUAGUAUUAGUUGCAAUAAGUGCAACGUUUUCAUUACAGCACAUUUAGUCUCCACCAACCUCUUAUUUCUCCCCUUAAAAACCACUCAAACACGAUGUACUGACCACAGUGGGAGUGACCACCAUCUGACUGUCGGACUAAUGAAGAGGUUAGAAUCGACUCACGUAUGAACCAUAUGAUAUUGUUCCAUUCUUGUAUUCACCGGUUUACUGGCCCUUUUUUGCAGGGCAACAACAGCACACUGACAUAUCACCAUGCCUCUGAGAAACUCUCGGACGAGCUGAGAGAGAUGGAGAAAACAUUGUCCCUUCUCCUUAACAACGGGAAGGAAGAGGAGAAGGUUCAGCAGUCGACAGCUUGUGGGGGAUGAUCGCAGUUCCUGGGCGUCACAAAAUCACAAAAACAAAGGGCUGGCCAUAAAAAUUGUCCGUCCCUGUUCCAAUAACAGGAGGGGUGGUGAUUACACCUUGACAAACGUUUCCAGACACCAUAGAGGACGAGGUCACAGUCAUGAUGCUCGCUGGUUUCUUCUUUCUGUUCCUCGUCUCAGGUGGGAGCACCUCCAAUAUUUCAGAACAAACAGAGCUUCAUGAUGAUCAACCAAACUUCAAUCAGGACAAUGAUGAAGAUGGAAGUACCAACCAGGACUCAAAAUAUCCCAAGCUUCAACAGGGGAACUAUACAAACCAGAAUGAUACGAACACGACUGUCGUAAAUCAACAAUCUGAAGGUGUGAUGAACCAUGUCGCAGACUGCUCCCAUCGGGCUAUUUAUAACCGCUUGAACCUGGUGAAAGACAACAACAACUCCAAGAUCCGGCCUUCUCGGCCUUCUCGUUCUUCAUCAGCCACAUAUGUAAAUGUGGACAUGCGUCUCUAUGCCAUUCUAGAAGUGAACGAAAAGAAACAGCAGUUUGUUUCCUACAUUUGGGUUACUUUGAGGUGGUACGACAAAGACAUAACAUGGAAUCCUGCAGAUUUCUGCAAUAUUGGGAAGAUUUAUCCCCCUUCGGAUGUAUUGUGGACUCCAGAUCUAACAAUCGAAGAGAUGAUAGAGGAUAAUAAGGUUCCUAUGAGUCCUUAUGUCGCCCUUGACUAUGAUGGAGAGGUCUAUCUUCAAAGAAACAUGGUGGUGGUCAGCAGUUGCAGGAUGGAAGUUUACAAAUUUCCCUUUGACGUCCAGAACUGCAAACUGUCUUUCAAGUCCAUUGCACACUCAUCUGAGAAUCUGAAGAUUACAACUUCGGCGGAUAGCAAAUGGAGUAUGGAAUGGUCUCUUGAAAGAAUGACGCAAUCCGAGUGGCUGUUUGUCAACUUCAACCGCAACGAGAAAGUGGUCGAAGAUCAUAAUGGAUAUAAAACCAUGCUGAUUUACACUAUCACCAUGAAGCGGCGGUCUGCCCUCUACAUCGCCAACUUCUUGCUUCCGAUCAUGUUCUUCUUGGGUCUGGACUUGGCCUCCUUUGGGAUCUCAGACAGUGGGGGCGAGAAGCUCGGCUUCAAGGUCACGGUGCUGCUGGCUGUCACUGUGAUGCAGCUUAUCCUCAAUGACAUCCUGCCUGCCUCUUCAGACAGGAUUCCUCUCAUUGCAAUCUACUGCAUUGGGGUUUUUGGUCUGAUGAUGCUGAGCCUGGUGGAGACGAUUUUGAUGAUGUAUCUAUUAGGAAAAGACGCUGCAGUCGAAGAAAACAGGGAAGAUGAAGAGCAAAGACGGAAUUUGAAGAAAAGCACGUCUGCUGAUGAAACUCCAGCCGAACAACUGUCAGUCACCAAAGAGGGCGACAGCAGCAAACCGACUGCGGAGUCCAUUGCUUUGGAGAACAUCUCAGAUGAGCUGAGGGAUGUGGAGAAAACGCUGACUCGGGUCCUCAACGGAAGGAAGAAAGGAAAUAAGGCCGGCUGCUGGACCAGGGUGGCUGAAAAAGUCAACAUUGUUUUCAUCAUUACCUAUGUCAUAGCUGUCAUUGUGUUUUUGAUUGUUCUCUUUUCACAGUGGACUAAAGAUGACGAGUAGUGCUCGCUAGAUUAACAUGGGCAUCCUCAAUGAAGUGAUUACUAAUAUUAUCAAUAUCUUGCUGAGCACACUUUGUGAAUCGGUAGUCUUCUUGAUGUGAGCGGUCCCUGUAAAGUAGAAAAACGUUACAAUUAUCUUUUGUUCAUUAUAUGUUAUCAGAGAACUCGUUUUUUUUUACAAUACCAAACGGGCUAUUUGUAAAUCAAUACUGAAUCAGCACAAUGUCAACAUUACAUUCUGGUUAUUGGUAUAAAGCACAGUGGACGAUGUCCUCGCAUACCAAAUCACAUAUCGGCAUUACAGAAAGGACGUUUAAUUGAGAAGUCUCACCAGGAGGAGCCCUUGCUCCUCUGUCCUUAACCACUUGGCUUUCUAUGCUGUAAAUGUCAUUUUGAAUCAGCUUUAAUUAUUCAUUUCUUCAUUCUGGGAUUUGGUAAUGUUCUAUUUCAAUCAAUUACCCUUUCAUGUGUUUUUUCUCAAUAACAGAGGGUGGGUUCUGUUUGUUCAACCAUCAUACUCCGCAUGCAUACUAUAUAACUAAUAUACAAUCCAUUGAAAACAUGUAAGGGGUUUUUUGUUUUAUGGUUUGAGAGAUUUCAUGCUUUAUUUAUGCACAUUUAUCCACGUCGUCAAUAACGUCUUGAUGUAUCGUACAAGAUUAACCAGGUUGUCUAGAUUCUUGCAGAAAACUUUAAAUAUUGAGAAUAUGAUCUAUUGCCAUGUAUCUUUUUAUCUGUCUAUUCAGCAAUUUGUUUUUCAAGUUACUAUAAUGUAACUAUUGGCAGACAAGAUCGCAUUUAAAGUAGCAACUAGAUCACCUCAGCUGACAGACAUUAAUGUUUUUACUAUUGUAUUGUUAUAUUGGGCUAAUAAAUUCAAAGCUAUACA